GCUUCCUUCAGGAAAAAUGCCGACUCCCCCUUCAGGUGAGGAGGACUUGUAGGAAAUUCCGGUCCAUGACAGACGUGAGCGCCGAGUUGCUAGUGGAGCCUGCAGCUGGCCAAGAGCAGGCAGUGAAGCGCUCCCUCUCUGCCCCGCACCUGAGUUCCGGGCUCGUAGGCGCAGUCGAGGUCCUUAAGGCCGCCUCUGACCGGCAGCACCCAGCCAUGGUCUCUGUGACCCAGACCCUGGUGCAAGCCAGGAGAGAGCCAGUGAACGUGUCCCUCCAAGGGGCGAGACAGGGCCACGUCUGCCCGAAGAGAGGAGUCAGUCUGAGGAAGAGAACCAUCACAGCUCGUUCCAGGAGGCGUCUAUCUAAAGGAGGGGAGAAAGUGGCCCCCAUCCAUGAGAAUACGGGGGAGGACAGAUGUGCCCUUCCCAGGAGCCGGUCCCUGGACCAUGUGACCAGCGGUCCCGCUGACGCCUCAUUGGCUGACCGUGUGUCUCUACGGCCCUGGUCCAGCCUGCCCCUGCUUCUGGGCUUGGAGCAGUACACUGCCCAGUGGGGUGGGGUCCCCGUGGACCUGGCACUGCGAGAAAGGGUACAGAAUGUCCGGGUCACAGGGUCUGACGAACUCGUCCCUCCAGACAGCAGCGGUGAUGGACAGAAGGAGUUGCACAGCCCCGCCUCUCAGUGCACCCCUGAAGCCCUUCACAGACUGCGUGAGAGAGAGCUGUUUCUGCAUGAGAUCUGGGCCCUAGGCAAGGCUGAACUCUCAUUGACUUCUGACACAGGGGUCACUGAUUCUGACCUGGAUCAUGAGGUGGCCUGGUUGACCCAGUCUAUGGCCAAACAGCAGAGGGCCAACGCUUUCAAUCUCUGCCGCAGAGGAGCUCUGUAUAAGAAACGGGGUCAUCUGGACCUGGCAAUGGAGGACCUCAACCAGGCCAUAUCCCUGGAAUCCCUCUUGUUGGAUGCUUACUGGCAUAGACACAGUAUCCAUUUGCUGAAGAGGAACCUGACCCAGGCUUUGGCUGACUUGAACUUCAUCAUAAAGCACAACAACAAACACGCUGAUGCCUUUAGGUCCCGAGCUGAAAUUUACAGGAUGAAAGGUGACACAGCAAUGGCGAUAGCAAACUACAGCCAAGCCAUCAAAUUCAAGCCACAAGAUGAUGAUUUGUACUUCAGGAGAGCUGAAUUGUAUGAGAAGAGCAGUGAGACCCUUCUGGCUAUGGAGGACUAUGCAAAAACGUUUGCCAUUAACCCAAGGAGGAGCGAUGCCCUGCUUAUCCGGGGCCUGCAACAUUUCCACGCCUCCAGCUGGGAAGUGGCCUUCACUGACUUUAGCCUUCUGCUGCAGCUGGAGCCCAGGAGUGCGAGGGCCAGGCAGUACCGAGGGAGGAUUUAUGCAAAGCUGGGCAUGUUUCAGGAAGCUGUAGCGGACCUUAGUCUCGCAGUCCAGCUGGACCCCAAUAACUGGUCCUCUUACUACUUGCGUGGGUGCCUGCUGAGGAAAAAGCAGCCCGAGGCGGCCCUGAGGGACCUCAGCGUGUCCGUGCUCAUCAACAACAGCACUGAAAACUUGAGAGCCUUCCUCCACCGUGGUUUGCUUUAUGUCGGGCUGAAGCAAUGGAAACCGGCUGCGUCUGAUUUUAAGUCCGUCAUAAAGCUAGACAGGUCUGUGGUGCUGGCACACAUGAACCUGGGGCUCAUCUACAUGCUCCAGAUGGACAGGAAUUACGAAGCCAUCCGAGUUUUCACUUGUGCUCUGAAUACCAGGCCCACUCACAUACAGGGAUAUAUAUGCCGGGCCCAGGCCUUUCACAAUGUGAAGGACUUCAAGCGAGCUGUGAACGAUUUGAGCCGCACGAUCCACAUGAAACCCGACGAUCAGCUUCUCUACAUCAUGAGGGGGCAGUAUUUGUGUGACAUGGAGCGAUUUGAUCUGGCAUCUUUCUAUAUACACUAUGCAGCGCAGAUGGAUAAAGCGUUCCCAGCCGUUUGGGAGUCGUCGCUGGUCCAACAAGCGGCCAUCCAGGCCUUUUUGGGGAACGACUCAAAGGUCAUCAACCAGUUACAGGCAGCUACCAACACCCCCCCCUCCCUGCAUGGCCUCCUCUUGCUGGGGAAGACUCAGAUGAAGACCCAGAAGUUCUCGGAAGCAGUGGAGAGUUUCAGGAAGGCGCUGACACUUCUGAUCCCAGAUCCUGAGGCAGCAGAGGUCUUCUACAACAUUGGCCUCUGUUACGUGGCCCAGGACAAUUUGUCACAGGCUUUGGAUGCUUUCAACGGCGCAGUGAAGAUCAAUCCAAAUCUCGCAGACGCUUAUCAUCAACGCGGCCUCUGCCGCAUGCGCCUGGGGCAGCCGGAGAGCGUGCAGGACUUCAACCGCGCCCUUGCCGUCGACCCGUCCUGUUUUCAGGUGUACCUGAGCCGGGCCGCCUUCUAUGAAGACCAAGGGCGAUUCGCUAAAGCCAUCCUCAACUGCACCAAGGCAAUUCAGGUUCAGCCCAAGAGUGUGAGGGCCUACCUGCAGAGAGGGACACUCAAGUUCUGCAGAAGGAUGUACAGUGGAGCAGUGGAGGACUUUACCUCAGCAAUCCAAACUGAUGACACCUGCUCAUUUGCGUACUACAACCGGGGCGUGUGCUACCAUCAUAUGAAGCAGCACAAACUGGCUUUGAGAGAUUAUGGGAUUGUCCUCCUUCUUGCCAACGGAAAGGAGAUUGACCUCAAAGUACUGAUAAAUCGUGCCCUGCUCCAUGUCGAGUUGAAUGACUGUCACAAUGCUUUGCAGGAUUUAAAAACUGCUUCAGGAAAAUGUCCGGAAGAUCCUGCCAUCUUUCAUGCACUGGGAGUCCUCCAUCACAGGCUGGGCAAUCUUCAGGACUCGGUGGGAACCUACAGCGAGGCAGUGAGACUCAAGCCCUUGUUUCCAGAAGCCUACAUCGGGAGGGGGAACACGCUCAUGGACUACGGCCACGCUGAGGCUGACAAACGAGCCCAGAGGGAUUUCCUGGCUGCCCUGCACCUCAAUCCACUCUCUCCUGCAGCUCGUGUGAGCCUUGGGUACAACCUACAGGAUUUUGGGUCCUUCCAAAGUGCGUGGAAUCAGUUCACGGUAGCCAUUGACUUGGAGCCGGGGUGCUGGGAAGCAUUCGAGGGCCGUGCUCUUGUCAAUUUACGGAUGAAGAACAGCUAUGGGGCCUUCCAUGACAUCAACACUGCCCUGAAGCAUUAUCCGCUAUCUGAUCUACUGCACACAAACCGUGGAGUUAUACGUCAGUUUCUGGGUGACAGGGCCAGCGCCAUGAAAGACUAUCAGAAGGCCAUCUCACUUAACCCAGACUGUGCCCCGGCCUUUUUCAAUGCAGCAAACCUUUAUUUUUACAACAGGCAGUUUGAACAGGCUUGUCAGUUCUACACUCGUGCCCUUGAGCUGGGCUCCAGCGAUGACUCGGCACUGCUGAAUCGAGCCAUUGCACACGCCAUGCUUCAGAGGAUUCCAGAAGCUCUGCAGGACUUCUCCAUGGCCCUAGGCAUCAACCCUUUAAACUCCCAUAUCUUCUUCAACAGAGCCAAUGUCUACUGCUCUCUGAAUAGAUACCAUCUCGCAGAGAAGGACCUCACGCAAGCACUGCAGCUCCUGCCUAAUGAUGCUCUGAUAUACAAGCUCCGGGCUGACAUCCGUGGCCAUCUAGGCUUAACUGAGCUGGCAAUAUCUGACUAUAAAAUGGCUCUGCAGCUCCAAGAGGCAGAGGAAAAUGGCUGCAGUAUUUCACCUGGAGGCACCAUAAAGUUUUAGACACAUAUACAUAAACCUCUUGCAGAUGCGGUGAAGAUGUGUGCAAUGUCAAGAAGUGUUUUAGGGAUCUGGCAGGGAUCCAGAAACACAUUCAAAUUAGUUCCAUAGCUGUUUGAUAUGUAGAGGCAAAACUUGUAGGAAUGAAGUCUUUACAUUAUAAACUAUUUAAAAUGAAAGAAUUAAUACAACUUCAUAAGAUUUAUUUAGUCAUGACCGGCUUAGUGAAGAACUUUGAUCACUAAUAUCCCAAAACCAAAACCAGCAAAAAACUGGAAUUAAUAAUGUCCUUUUUUCUUACAGCUUACAUUAAUAUAUCUUUAUUUACUGUAAUUUUACAAACUGUUUGUGUGGUAUCCAUUGUUAUGGUGGUAUGUUAAAAUAUGUGGCCUAUUUGCACCACUUUCAA